CUUAAUAAACAUAUUUAGUUUUUAUUUGCUUUUAAGUAGUUAAAGAUUAAAAUAAAAUUGAUUAAAUGUUAAUUAAAACAUGUGUAAAGACGUUAACUAUUUGUUUUCACUAUUAUUUUAAACGUUGAAUAUUAAAUUAUUGAUAGAAAAAGUGAAAACAACAACAAAAUUUUCGCCCUCGAAAUGCCAUAUGUCAACAAAAAUGCAAAAUAAACGUGUGGACAACAAUGCAGACCGCAAGAAUUACAACAACAAUGCGCCAAACCUGUUAAUUGUCACUUGCCCACCAACAUUUCAUUAGCGAUUCGCUGCGUUAUCUUCUUGCUUAUUAGAGACGAGCUGUCAGUGCUGCAGCAGCAACAUAAUCCCCAAUUUACGAGUCGAAUAAACGUGAAAAUAACGCGGUUUCAACUUUAAACUUUUGUGAUUGUGUUUGCUAAUUGCAAAGCGAAGUUGAGGACUCGAAAGCUGCAACUUUGUGUUGUACCACUUUUUAUUGCUAUGUUGAAUAACAUUCUACAUCUUAGCUGGAUACGUAAGGUCAUAGCCAAAACGGUCACACGAGUGCCUGCAGCGACAGCAAGCAAGCAAUUUUUAACUACUGCAGCAGCUGGAGUAUCAAGGCGAACCAGUUGUGCAGUUUCAGUGCAAAGAAGUCUAUUCGGAAGCGGAUGUGAAAAAUACAAUAGCAUAGAUUAUAGCAAGCAAAGUGCUCAAACACGUAAAAUGUCCGACAAAGGCGCUUCCCAAAGCGCGGCAGACGCAGCUAAGCACACAAAUCGUUUGGUAAAUGAAAAGUCGCCAUAUUUGUUGCAACAUGCGCAUAAUCCCGUCGAUUGGUAUCCCUGGUGUGAUGAGGCAAUUGAACGUGCACGCAAGGAGAACAAAUUAAUAUUUCUCUCGGUGGGUUAUUCAACAUGUCACUGGUGUCAUGUAAUGGAACAUGAAUCGUUUGAAAAUGAGAAUGUUGCCAAAAUAAUGAAUAAGAAUUUUAUCAAUAUAAAAGUUGAUCGUGAAGAGCGUCCAGAUAUCGAUAAAAUCUAUAUGCAAUUUGUGCUAAUGUUAAAUGGAAGUGGCGGUUGGCCCAUGUCGGUGUGGCUAACACCAGAUUUGGCGCCAAUCACCGCAGGCACCUAUUUUCCACCAAAUGAUCGUUGGGGCAUGCCCUCAUUCACCACGGUGCUAAAGACGAUUGCCUCCAAAUGGCAAACGGACCAAGAAGAAUUGAAGCAAACAGGCAAACAUGUAAUUACCGCUAUACAAAAGUCAUUAAGUGGAAAAUCCACGACGGCUAUCUUUGAACCCGGUAGCGCUGAUGCCAAAUUGCAUGAAGCGCUGCACAUCUUCAAGCGUCGCUAUGAUCAAGAGAACGGUGGCUUUGGCAUGCAACCAAAAUUCCCUGAAGUUUCGCGUAUAAAUUUUCUUUUCCAUGCCUAUAUUGUGACCAGAGAUAUCGAUGUGCUCGAUAUGGCGCUGCAUACAUUGCAGCACAUCGGUCAAGGCGGCAUACACGAUCAUGUUUUCGGUGGUUUUGCGCGCUACUCUGUGGAUCGCUUUUGGCAUGUGCCACAUUUUGAGAAAAUGCUCUACGAUCAGGGACAGCUAUUGACAGCCUACGCAAAUGCUUUCAAGCUAACAAAUGACGAGACAUACUUGGACUACGCUGAUGGCAUCUUUCGUUACUUAAUGAAGGAUCUAAGGCAUCCCGAUGGCGGUUUCUUCGCUGGCGAAGAUGCUGACUCCUUGCCAACAGCUGAUGCAAGCGUCAAAGUGGAGGGCGCUUUUUACGCCUGGACUUGGUCGGAGGUGAAGCAGGCGGUGCAUGCGAAUGCAGCGCUUUAUGCCGACGUGAAAUUGGAACUGGCGCGUAUAUUUGAAAUUUACGCACAUCACUAUGAUUUGCGUGAAAAGGGUAAUGUUGACGCCAACAGUGAUCCGCACGGGCAUCUCACGGCCAAGAAUAUACACAUUGUGCGUGGCUCAAAAGCUGAAACCUGUGCUAAGUUUGAUAUCACCGAGGAACAAAUGCAGCGUGUGUUGCGCAUCACUAAUGAAGUGUUGCAUAAAAUACGCGAUCAGCGACCACGUCCACAUUUGGAUACGAAAAUAAUUUGCGCUUGGAAUGGUUUAGUGCUCUCCGGCUUAGCGAAAUUGGCUAAUUGUGGUACGGCAAAUCGCGACGAAUAUGUGAAGGCUGCUGAGCAAUUAUACAAAUUCAUGCACAAACAUUUAUAUGAUGAAGAAAGGAAGGUGUUGCUGCGUUCUUGUUAUGGACUCGGCACUGAAGAUGCUACGGUGGAGAGUGUGCCCGCGCAAUGCAUUGAUGGCUUCCUAGACGAUUACGCCUUUCUCAUCAGGGGUCUAUUGGACUACUAUAAGGCUACGUUAGACGGCAGUGUGCUAAAAUGGGCUAGAGAAUUGCAAGAGACACAGGAUACACGCUUCUGGGAUGAGACGCACGGCGCAUAUUUCUACUCCGAGGCCAACUCGCCGAAUGUGAUUGUGCGGCUCAAGGAAGAUCACGAUGGCGCUGAGCCUUGUGGUAAUAGCAUUGCUGCACGCAAUCUGCUACUACUCGCUUACUAUUUGGACGAAGAUAGUUAUAAGCAACGCGCAGUGAAAUUAAUGGAGUUCUUCGCUGAUAUUAAUCCAUUUGGUUAUACACUACCAGCUAUGAUGUCGGCGCUGUUGCUGCAUGAAAAUGGUCUAGAUUUGGUGGCUGUAGUUGGUCCGGACUCGAGUACCACACAUCGUUUCGUUAAAGUAUUACAGAAAUUCUAUAUACCCGGCAUGAUAAUAUUACAUGUCGAUCCGGAAUAUCCCGAUGAGACGUACAAUCAACGCGUGCAGGAGAAAUUCAGAAUGGUCAAUAACAAAACAACGGUUUAUAUAUGUCAUGAGAAAGUUUGCCGUAUGCCAGUGACAGACCCCGAUCAACUCGAACAGAAUCUGAAAGACAAGUUUUUUAAAAUAGACGAGUGAGGAUGGAAAUGUGUUGGAUUCUAAAAAUUUUUCACUUUAGAUUACUAACCAAAAUAGUUGUUACACUUAGUGUUUAGCAAAUGGAAUUAUACAGUGAAAAGCAAGUGAUAAAAUGUUGUAGAAUAGACGUUUGUAAAACGUAGUGUCUGGUGCAGAGCACUAAUUCUUCUGCUAAGUAAAGUUUAGUGCGCGACGCUGUGAAAUUCUAUUUCGAUAUAGUUAAUAGUGCUAUUUACUUAUUAUAAAUAGUAUAUACGCAUAUACAUGUUUAUUAAUUCAAUUCAAUUGUAUACGCUUGGCGUUAAGUGUUUGUAAUUUUAUCAGCGUAACAAAUUUGUAAGAUUUGUUAGGCUUGAUAAAUAAUUAUCAACUGAAUGUUAUUAUGUAGUUUGCAAUGAAUUUUAAGCAGCAAAAUAAAGAAAAUCAGAACUC